UCUGUCAAUCACGAGUUCAAAUAACCAAACAACUGAGUCAAGUGAAGCUAUUUCUUUAAAAACAGAAAUGUCUGUGACUCUCGAUAUUCGCUUGAAAAGAGUCAACAAAACCUAUCACGAAGAGGAGUCCGUGGUGGGGUGCAUCGUGGUGGAGAGCAGAUCGGAGAUGAAGCACGAGGGCAUCUCUCUCGCGAUGGACGGCAACGUGGCCAUGCAGCUCAGCGCCAAGAACGUCGGCAUCCUGGAGGCAUUCUACUCCUCUGCCAAGCCAGUGCUCUUGACCGGUUGCCAGCUGGAGAUAGCCAAGGCGGGUCGGUUGCCCUCGGGCAGGACCGAGUUCCCGUUCGAGAUCCCACUCAAGCCCAGGGCCAACCGGUCGCUCUACGAGACAUACCACGGGGUCUUCAUCAGCAUACAGUACUACCUGAAAUGUGAAAUGAAGAGGUCGCUGCUGAACAAGGAUUUGCUGAAAGUCAUGGAGUUCAUCGUAGAAUACAAGAAGCAGAACGUGGACUCCAAGGCAGUUCCCGUCAAUUUCGGAAUCACUCCGGAAUCCUUGCAGAAUGUCCGCUACAGAAAGAACAUGCCCAACUUCGUGAUCAAGGGGAGGAUAGAUUCCACGGUGUGCAGCAUCAUGCAGCCAUUCACGGGAGAGCUUUGCAUCGAGAAAUGCGAUGCACCAAUCAGGUCUGUGGAGCUGCAGCUGGUGAGGGUCGAAACCUGCGGCUGUUCGGAGGGAUACUCCAGAGACGCCACCGAGAUCCAGAACAUCCAGAUAGGGGAGGGGGACGUUUGCCGGAACAUCCUGAUCCCCAUCCACAUGAUCUUCCCCAGGCUCUUCACCUGCCCCACCCUAGUCACCAACAACUUCAAGAUAGAGUUCGAAGUGAACGUCGUUGUGGUGUUCGAAGACGAACACAUCAUCACCGAAAAUUUCCCGAUCGUCAUCAUACGCCCCUGAUCCUCUUUUCCGAGAGUUUACAUCUGGAGCAACUUCCAGGGCGCUGAUCACAAACUGGACUCAAUGUGGUUAUGGACCAGAAUGAUUCAGUCGACACCAGUGAGAAGAAAAACAAAGCAUAUGUUUCAAACUGUUAUGUAAA